ACAUCAAAAAUGAUUUCCCGGUGGCAAACUACCCGAUUUUUGUCGAAUUCCGCUGGAAAAACGCGAAAAAACGUGGAUUGUGCCGUGUAUGGAUGUGGUUUAUCAGCUUCUGGUGCUCUUGCAAUCCCAAAAUUAGUUGCAAAUUCUGAUGACGUCACGGCGGGAGAAGCCCGGUUUCCGAAGAGAAUUGCGUAUUUUAAUACGAAAAGUAUUAAAUUUAUAAGCUCAGGCUUUGGAUUUUCGCUUUUUGCGUCGAAAAAUCGCCUCUACGGUGCUGGAAUUAAUAAUCGCUUCCAGAUCGGUGGUCAGCUGACGAAUAUCAACAAAUAUCAGGAUUAUUAUAUAUCCGCAAAGAAAAUCAAUAUUCCCGGCGAUGAGAUUCUCGAGAUUUCGUCCGGUAGAGCGCACUCGCUGAUUCGAACCAAUUUGGGCGUUUUUGCGAUUGGUGAUAAUAAUUUUGGGCAAUGUGGACGGAAUCCUGAGAAUAUGGAUUAUGUUGUGGGCUCUGAAGAGUCUCCACUACUUCCCCUGUCAUUUCCAACCUCGGAGCCAAUAAUCUCAAUCCACUGCUCAAUGGACACAUCAUUUGUCGUAGAUUCCAGUGGCGCCGUAUUCAGUUUCGGCCUAAACGAGGACGGCCAGUGUGGAAAUGAGGCCUACGGGAUACAAUGGGAACCGGCAAAAGUUCGAGGAGACGUGGAAGGCUCGAAAAUCCAAAAAGUGUCAGGAUCCACGGAUACCCUACUUGCCUGUAGUGAAAACGGCGAAAUUUUCAUUUGGGGACAAACGGAGUACGGUCAAGCGGCUGGAGCAACUGAUGAGAUUCAAUUGAAUACGUCACGCCACGUGGCAAACUCGCUGGGACCUAUAAUUUGUGUUGAUAGUACACAGUCAUCUGUUGUGGCACGAAAUUCCCGUGGAAAUGUCUUUGUUUGGGGUGUUGGAGUACUUGGAAUGGGUCCUGAAGCGGAAUCUCUCAAAACGCCCACGCAAAUGGAUCAACCGCUUUUUGAUGGGAAAAUGGUGACCUCUGUCUCUGCCGGCAACAGCUGUAUGUCUGCAAUCAAUGAAGACGGCCGACUAUUCAUUUGGGGAGAAAAUCGAUAUUCAAGCUUAGGCCUCGGACAUCAAAAACGUCAAUUAUUCCCUUAUCAAUUAUUUCUGCCGGGAGAUGUACGAAAAGCUGCACUUGGACCUGAUCAUUCUCUGUUUUUAGUUAAUUAAUAUUGAUUUUUUAUUGAUUUUCUAUAUUAAAAUUGGAUUUUAUUUA